UACUUUCAUAUUAUUUACUUUUGAAGAUUAGCAAGUAAUGGAUUUAUACAUAGUCAGCUGACUCUUUUCAUCUGGCAACGUUAUAAAAAUAUUUGCACUCCGAAAGGCAUUUGACCUUUUGAGGGAGCAUUGUUCAUUUGUUCAUAGAGGAUAAAAAUCCCAUACACUCUUCUGUCUGUCACUUUAAGGGGCGCAUUUCACACUAAUUACCCCAGUCCCUCGUGUCUGGCUCAGACAGCGCCUGUGUGUGUGUGCGUGUGUGAGUGUGAGAUCAGGGGCUAUGGACUGAGAAUAAAAGCCAGCUUCGUGGAGCCACAAGUGUCCAGUUAUUAGUAUGCUGGUCUGGUCACCGUGGCUCUGCUGCCUUUCUACUUUCAACACAGUCCGACUUUGGGCCUGGCAUCACUCAGCACAACAAAGAUGCACAUUUAACUGCAGAAAAUCACUGGAACUUGUAAGGAUGUUUUGGUUGGCAAAAAUGGGAAUGGAAAGAACAGCAGCAUUCUUUUUUUAUGUUCGCCGCUCGGGUUUCAUAAAUCUUCAGCUUUAGAAGCGGACUUGGAAGAUUUCAUCGCAUCUUUUUUAACUCGACUGUAUCCUGGCUACCAGCUGUCAAAAGAAACAACUCUUUCUUGGAAACAAAAGAACCAAUUGAGACAUCAACAUCCCCUCGGUCCCGACCAGAACCGAGGGAUCAUCGUCCUCCCGAUAACGACAUCAGAGAAGGCUUCGCGAUCGCCUUGCCUCCAAGAUGCCCAACCUCAACCCGCCGGACGACCACGAUAACAGGAACUGUCUCCAGGAUCCGGUGUCGCUGAACGUCGGUGGGGAAAUCUACACCACCACCCUGGACACCCUGACCCGCUGCCGCGACUCCAUGCUCGGCGCAAUGUUCACCGGACAAAUGCCCGUGCUGAGAGAUCAGGGAGGGAACGUCUUCAUUGACCGAGAUGGGAAAGUGUUCCGGUACAUUCUGAACUACCUGCGCUCCAGCUCCCUGGACCUUCCGGACGGAUUCUCCGAGCUGUCACUGCUGCGGAGGGAGGCGGAUUUCUUCCAGAUACGGCCCUUGCUGGAGGAGAUUUGCCGCUACGAGGCGUCAGUGCCUCUCAGCCUUCGUGGAGGGCCGUUAGGAGCCAUGAUUGUGGUGAAUGUUUAUUCCAAGGUCCGCGUCCUCCACUUUAACUUACGCCACGGGCCGGAAAACUAUGAACUCCGCACAUGCUCUGUGCGAGCCUUCUCGGUGGACCUCUUCUGUACCUGGAGGGCCUUCAUGGCCCUCCUCUGUGAGCGCUUCUCCUACAGAACACCCCAGGGCCUCGCUAGCCCCUGUCCCUGUAACCCGACGAAUAACAGGCUGAAAAUAGAGUGGGUGCCAAGGCCCGACGAACUGCCGCGGGACCAGUACGACAAGCAGCGCUACCGGGAGCUAACCGUGUCCUACCCAGAGCCUGCGCAGUCAGACGACGUCAUGGACACGCACCGCAACCCAAGCGAUAUCGCGGACAUGCAGGGCUUUGUGGAAGAGUUACUGAAGGUGUCUUUGGCCGAAGGCUUCAAGGUCGAUUUGGUGACCCCCGACCCGGCAGAAAUACUUAACUGCACCUCACUCCGGCUUGUCAAGUGCUGAGUCCUGGGCGAAGACCUUAAGCUAAAAGCACCAGAACAUGCCAAGUUCUGGACAAUUCUACCCUCUGGUCAUCACAUUUACUAGCUAGUUAUUAACAAGUUGGGGCAAACCUUUUGAGUCUGGACACAAGUUAUUGAAAAAAAUUUUUUUUUGAUCUGUGGUCUUAAGUAUUAAGUUUCUCAGUGCAUGAAUCCUUAAUGGACUGUUGAGUAUAAAAUAACCUGGAUCUACUGCACGCUAGCACUCUCCUCCCAGCUGUCUGGUCUGAGCUCUCUGCCAUGAAUGGCAGUUCAUUAUGCUAAAGGAUAUAAAUCAGGCUAUUGGUGCAUUUUCGGGAAUCAGGAAACCUUUAUUUCCAUAAUGUCUGACAUACAAGCAAUUUGACUUGGCGGUUGGUGCAUAACAGACAUUUAGACAUAACAAAAAAACAUAAUGUGAGGAAUGAAAUAUAAUGCUAUGGGUUAGUAAUCUAAAGAUAUGGAUUAGUUUAGCAAUAAAGGAAUAAGAGUUCAAUUUAUAGAACCUCAUAAUUUGAAUCUGCGCCGUUGGUGUUCGUACUGGGGACUGGAUGUUCCUAAAGAAUACAUUUUAAAAGUGAUUACUAGGAAAGGAACUGUCUUUCUGGCUACCGUUUGGCCACUGUGAAAAAGCCUGGCGCUCCUUCUGGCAUCUGGGAUGGUGAAUCUGCAGCUGGCUUUCCCUUGCUGGCGAGCCAUUCUGCUAUUGUUGAUUUGCGGAGGAAGGGCCGACUUUGAAUCUUGUGUCAACAAAUAACAAAUCUGACUCAUUGUGCCUUUUUUAAGUUAAAGAUUUUUAACUAAUACUGAAGUCAUAUGGACAUUUACAUUUAGAUGUAACAGACGUUUUCAGACAAGAAAUCUAAAACAUUGCUGGCUUUAUAUAUCCGUUGAAGUGAUUGUUUUGGGUCAAACACAGAUGUCUAUGGGUUAUCUGUUGACGGGCCUGUCACGUAUAGAGCCGUAAUGCAGUGGCAGCACUACAAGAAAACCGCAGUGAGUUGGAAAUAAUCCUGUCAAGGGACCAGACUGUUUUUCAGAUUCCACAGGCUGCUCCAGGCCAGGACUCCCUUUUGGUUCCCAUGCAGUCCUGUAGAUCCCUCCAAUCCUUUCAUCUUCAUUUAUUAAACUAUGAUUUAUGGAGAAUUCUGUUCCCUGUUAUCCAUUCCCCAAGAGCACUCAAGUGUCAAAAAAUAAUACGUCAUUCUGGAAAAUUUGCUUAUUCCCUGUAAUAAUAGGUGAGUUUGAAGUUGAGUUGGUCAACAUCACUCUUUUGGAGUUGCCUUAACGCCUAACAAAUGUCUUGAGUGUUUUUCACUAUCUCAUGAUAUGAAACAUUAAGAAGCAGAGUGCAUGUCAGAAGCUCAAACUCUGAACACAAUGACUUCCUGGAUUCCUGGGGUCGCCGUGAGGUUGCCGGGUAGCAAGCAGAAAAUUCAGUCCAGGUGAUUAGCCGAAAGCCAAGAAAUUUGAAGUUUGAGCCAGGCUGGCUGCAAUCGUUAUGCUAAGCUUAGAUAAUGACUUCCCUACUGUAGCUCCUGCCAAUGGAGAGAUACGAGUGUUGUCUGACAAUCACAUGACUUUCACCCAGGGGACCAGUGUUUGUGUACACAAUGAAAAAUCCACAUCCACGUUGUGUAAAAUGACAUAAUGUACCGCAACCUAAAGAAGUAUCCUCGUUAGCUAAAUCUAAGAAAGUAGCUUUGUUACCUAAAACCUGAACCGAUGGGUUCCCAAACAUUUUUGAGCCCCCCUAUGAUGAUAUACAAACAUUGUAGGCUUCCCAACCCCCCCCCACCACAAAUGGAUUGUAGCUUUGUUUUGAAUUAAUUGCAUUACGAUAUAUAACUAAAUCUUCUUUCUAAAAUAAUUACAUUUUACUUUACUUUUUCCUCUUAACUUUUUGACUGAAAAUAAAAAAUAUUUGUUUACAUCGUUGACCUGAAUGGAAAGAUAACAUUUUCAUUAGAAUUGAUUAAUAAUGAAUAUUUCUUUCCAACAAAAAUAAAUAACAUUUGCACCAAUGUUCCUCAUUACAAUGAAAUUAUUCCCAUUAGUUAUUUUAAAUUGAACUUGGUGUGUAAUUGUGGCAGAUGCAUGUUGGCUUAUGAAGAAACGGGUCUCGUACUCAAACCCAGUGGUUCUUUAUUCUUGCUCCCUCUGAACUUUCUUUCUUGGACUGUAGGGAGACUCAAAAUGAGCACAACAUGGCUCUGCGGCCCGUCCAUAUGAACAGUCUGGUUUUAUAAUGCUUAAGCUCACGUAUAACGGUAAUGCUUAGCGCCAGAUUUAGGGAUUUAAUUCGGAUGUAUUGUGGGUUGAAGGUCACUAAGUACUCAUUGUGUGUUUGUUUGUUUGUUUGUAAUUUCUCCCUUAACAGGAGCAAU